AUGUGCUGCAACUACUACGGGAACUCCUACGGGGGCUGUGGCUACGGCUCUGGCUAUGGCUGUGGCUAUGGCUCUGGCUAUGGCUGUGGCUACGGCUCUGGCUAUGGCUGUGGCUAUGGAUCUGGCUAUGGCUGUGGCUCUGGCUACGGCUGUGGCUACGGCUCUGGCUAUGGCUGUGGCUAUGGCUCUGGCUAUGGCAGUGGCUGCUGUACCUUCCGACCAUGCUGCUACCGACGAUGCUAUUCCUCUUGCUGCUAG